UUCUCAAACGUUUUAAAGAGUUUAUGUUUUGUCAACUAUGGGAUAGCUGUCUAAGAACUUUUGACAACAAAUUAUGCCUCUUCACUGUGUUGAAGACAGAAGAAGUCCAACAGAAAUUGAGGAAGAUGAUGAUUCCUGCCCAAGUAUUUGGCAGCAAUGUCCUGAUUCCAUUUUGCUUCAUAUAUUUUCCUUCUUGGAAGCAAAACACUUGACAGCCUCAUCACAAACAUGCAAGGAUUGGAACAGAGUUACCAAUGAUGAAAGUUUAUGGAAAUCUCUAUUAUGUGUUAAAUGGGGAGUGAAAAAUCAAAAGCUGCCACCAUCAAAAGAAAGCUGGAGGGCUGAAUACAAACGUUUGGAUUUUCACACACCCAUUCAUCUGAGUGAGACAUUGACAGACCAUGAUGAUGAAGUACUUCAUGUCAGCUUUUCUCAUGAUGGGAAAUUAUUCUGUACGACAUCAAAAGAUGCUACAAUCAAAGUUUGGAAUGUAGGUGAUCCAACAAUGAUAAAACACAGUAAAAAUUUCAGAGAUUUGUUGUCAUGGGACUUCACACAAUUUUCCUGUUUUAACCAGAUUGACACAUUAUUACUCGUUUCUAGUGUAAAAACAACAGAUUUUAUGGACAGAAGAGGAUAUGUUGCUAUUAUUUCUCUUCCACAUGAUUUCCGUAUAAUCCGUGUUGUAUCCAUGGACCCAUCACAGUUAUUUGGAUCUUGGUUGGACAAUAGCACAUUCCUUGGAGGCUGUUUGGAGAUCAGUCUUGAUAGAUUUACUACUACUGUACAGAUAGAAUCAUUUGAUGUUCCAGAUGGUGCUAUUGAGAUAAAAGGUGAAGAAAGUGAAAAUCUCCCUGAAGUUGAAGAAGGGACAGGGAGGAAUCUGUUUACAUUUUGUAGUGAGACUGCUAGUUUAAUUAAAUUUCUGACAGUAGCUCAUAUUCCUGUUAAUGGUGACAAAGGGCCACAACUCUACUGUGAUAAAUGUGCUAGUCAAGAAAGAGACUCAAAUCCAAGAAAAAUUCCUAAACGAGACCAAACACUCUUUACUUCCGACAUAGAAACUCAUUCUGUUCAAUCACCUUGUGAUUUAGAUGAGAAUGAAACAGACAAAAAUGAGAAUGCUUCAUGUUCGUACAGUUCAACUAGUGCUAUAAAGGAGAACAAUUCCCUGUAUCGGAAUCAUAUAUCAUUGUGUAAUGAAUGUCAAAAUGGAAAUGUUAGUCGUAACUUAAUUUUUGUAACGGGAGAAUUUGCUGUGGCAUUACAUCAAUUAGGAUUUAAAAAUGUUUCUCCUGCAGUAUUAGAUCUACCCAUGAGUCCCUCAGAUGAAUCAGUACAGGAAGGUGAAAGUCACAUGGUGGUCAAUUUUAGUAACAAUGAUAUAACACUUAGGCCUAUUAGAAUAUCAGACAAACCAGACAACUUAUUAGAUUUAUUUGGACAUGUCACAGGUCUUACUUUGUCAAAUGAUCACAGGUAUUUGUUCCUGAAUUGUAGACCAUGGAUUGGUAAGGUUGAUAGAACUGACCCAUGGGCAACCCCUGACCUGUCACCUUCAAUAGAGAUCAGAGUUAUUGACCUGUGUACACUGCAGGACACUGGACGACGAUAUCAAGGCCAUAAAGGAUACUCCCCAUCAACAAUGUGUUGUUUUGUUUUUCUAGAUGUUAGUCCAGAUUAUGUUGGAAGUGGAAGUGAAGAUGCUAAAGGUUACUUAUGGGACAAACAUUAUAGUGUAAAUCUGGCUACAUUUGAACAUUCAUUUGGUGUUGUCAACGCUGUAGGCUUCAAUCCUGCAAACCAAGAAUAUUUAGUAACUGUUAGUGAUGAUUGUACCAUCAAAAUAUGGAGGUCUAAAGCUUUGAUGAAAGACUUUGGUCGAGUCUGAUAAAUGGAAAUAAAGCUCUGAUUAAAGAUUUUUGUUGAAUUGGGUAAUGAAGGACAAAGCCCUGUCAGAUAAGACUUGUUGAAUCUGAUUCAAUUAAACAAAAUUUAAGCUUUGAAGAAUGACCUUGGUCAAGUCUGAUUUAAUGAAGUGGAGAUUCAAAGCUUUGAUGAAAGACUGUUGUUGAGUCUUAUGAUGUUGUAUUGUUAUAGUGCUAUAUAGUGCUAUAAAUCAGUGCAAGAAGUUAAUUUUACACUAACAAAAUUGCUUACAUGUGAAUACAUAAAAUGUAUAGAAGAGUAACCCAUAGGAAGAAAAGAAGGUUGCUGCUGCUACAUUAUUUGUCAAGAGCUGCAAAUUAUGCUGAUGUUACUUUCAAAUUAUAGAUUUUUACUGUCUAUCAGUUUUAAAUUUAAGAUCUCCUGUCUAUAUUAUAAUUUUUGUAUUUCAGAUUUUUGAACUUACAAAAAUGAUUUAAAUUUGGAAACAACUUUAUGUUUAUGACUGCAACAUUUAUUAAAUGUCAUAUCAUAGAUUAAAUACUGAUCCAAUAAUUAACUAGUUUAUGAUUAAGAUAAAUAUAGGUUAUCGAUGGUUUUCAAACAAGAUGGUGUUUCUCAGCUACAAUUUCAUCGAAGGGCGAUAGCCCUGAGAUGAGAUGUGGCCGAGAAACAUCCUAGAGUUUGAAAGACCGUUGAUAUAAAAAAAAGGAGUGGUAUAAUUGCCACUGUUUAUCGCUAUUUUGCCUAUGACAUCGUUGAUGUUUGCAUUGACAAUGUCAGGUGUGCCCUUAGUUUCUGACGAUAAUUUUCUAUCUCAAGCGAGUAGCAUGAUAUGAAAAAUUAUCAUAAAAAAAGAUAAAAGGAAAAAUACACAAAAUAGUGAUAAUAGAUGAUCAAAGAGAAGGAGAUUGGUCAACUUUUCUAUCUAUUCAAGACAUUUUAAUAACAUUUGAGUAUAAUCAAUAUAAAAGUACAGGUUAAUUCCAAAACAUAAAAGCUAAAUCAGUGACUGUCAUAAACAACUGCAACUACAUUGGACAAACCAAAAUUGAACACAUUUUGUACAAUAAGAAAUAAUGUACAUUUCUAGUAGCAUUCAUCAUACAAAUAUAAGCUUUGAAGAGAGCAGAUUUUUUACAUAAUUUUAGUUUCCGACACCAAAUACAAAAUGAUGCAUUAUGUACAAAAGUAAAAUCAUGCUGUUAAGAAAUCUAAAUGCUUGUUUUGUAUGAAAUUGUUAGCCUGAAAAUUGUGACCAUUAUCCAUUAUCUUGAAAUAUAAUCAAGACUUUUGUUGCAAGGAAGCAAAAACUAAAAGACUAAGUCAGCUACAUUUUUAAUGAAAUCAGAAAUGGCUACUGUUUCAUUUAGAGAUAACUUUUUUUCUUAUGAUUCCAAAUCACAAAAGCAAGAUUUUUCUUAACACCUUGCAAUUGUAGAUGUAUACCGGUAAUGUCCAUCAUUGUUUGAAGAAUUUUUCUGUAGUAUUUUUCUUUGUGCCACGUUUGUUUGAAUAGGGGGGAAUCUGAAGUUAGAAACUUAAAAACAUAUUAACAUUGCAACUACUUAUACAGACAGUUAGGUAGGUAUUAAAGGCUCUUGUUGAAUACUAUGUUGCCUUCUAAAUGACUUUUGAUUAUAUUUGUUGUUGGGUUCUUGUCUUUUAUUAAAAUUUGAAAAAUUAUGUUGCGAUGAUUGUUAUGGGAUAUUAAUAGACCAUGCAUGCUUAUGUUACUGUUAAUUAAAAAACAAUGCACAUGUUUUAAUUUUAACUAAAAAAAAAUAAUGUAUGGAAAAAAUUACGUUUUGUUUUGUUUGUAUUGACGAAGUAUUAUGUCAAAACUUGUAAAUGAAAACAUCUUGUUGAUGUAGUAAUACUGCAUGUUAUAUUAAAAUUGUUAAUAUACAAAAUAUACUGUGAUAAUGACAUGUUAUAUUGCAUGUUAAAUGCAAUCAAUUGUUACAUAUUAGAUCAAUCUGAUUAUAAUAUGAAUACUGUGUCAAAGCUUUGCUUACAAGGAUCUGACAAAGCUUUGAUGUACUUUUAAAGACCUUUCGUGUUUCCCUGGUCUUGUCAAAAUAAUACACACUUUCAAAAAUUUGAAGGUAAAAAUUUCAUUAGCUGAUGAACCUAUUACCAGAACAGAAAGUAGAAGGGCAUGCUAUCAGAUCCUUGUUGGCCAAGCUUGGACACAUGAUCUGAAUUUUAAUAAUAUUGCUUAUUAGAUGUGUAUGGAGAAGCAACAUAACUGACGUUUAUACUUAACUUAAAAUCAGAUUUAUCAGACAUAUAUACUGUAGAAACAUUAAUUUUUCGUGGGGUUAAAAUUUCGUGGUUUUGUCUCUGUAUAAGAUUUCAUGGGGAUUUAAUUUCGUGGUUUCAAAUAAAUGGAAGUGAUGAUUAUAUGUAGGUUAAAUUUUCGUGGGGGUUUUAAUUUCAUGGAUAUAUUCUUUCCACGAAAUAAACGAAAUUAAGUCCUCCACGAAAAUUUCUGGUUUUACAGUAUGUAUAGCAUUGAAUAUUUGAAUGGAACAUAUUUGACUUCUAAAUUAUCUCUUGUUAAGCUGGGGAAAAACUCAAAUGUAACACAUUGCCCAUUACUAAUGCAUUAAACAUAAGUCAGAUAAUUUGGUAUGGAGAACCAGCACCUAAUGUGAGAUAGUAUGGCAACCCAUGGGUGGAUGCCUACCUAUGCAACAAAUGUCUUUCAACAGAUAAUGUAUAAUAACUUAAAGACAACAACACACAUAGUUGCAAGAUUUUAUUAAUGUAUAUGUAUUUAUAGGGCUUACAUGGUUAUAUGAAUAAAAUGAAAGUGAAAGUGAUUGAAAUAGUUCAACUUUCCUGAUUGAAUAAAACUCACAAAUGAAAUCUUCAUAGAAUAACAUUUUUUUGUUCAUUGAAUGGAUCUUCACCUGAUUAGGUUUUAAUGUCCUCCCAGCCUUUGUAUGUGACAUAAUCUGCUAAUUGAUGGAGUAUAAAAGCUGUAGCUGUUUCCCCAAGUAGUGACAAGUUAUAAAUUGUUUGGUUCUCCUUCUUGAUCAUCUCUUCUUGGAGGAGUUGUCAAAAUUUAUAUAUUAGCAUCAGACUGACCAGUUCAAAACAGUCUGUUAUUUUUUUGUCAUAAGCCUAUAGAGCCAUUUGGGGUUACAAGUGAAACCAUGAAUUAAGAGUUUAACUUACUCUUUUAAUUAUCUCAGUGGUUGGUUUUCAUGUGCCUGAUUUAAGUUUUGGCUACCCUUUAAUUCGUAAUUCUAUUUACAAUCACUCAAAUACAAAUCUUGAGCAGUGGUUUUAAUGUUUGUGUUUUUUUAUAUCAGCUGUAAAGGCAGUUUAUGAAGAUUAUUGUAUAUUCUGCAGCCUUUAGGUUCCCCUAAUUGUUCCCCUUGCUUAAAGAUUGUGAUUUUUUUUGGAAUAUAUCUAGAGUGCAUGUAUGAAAUGUAUUCAUCUUAGCAUGAUCCAUGUUGGUAUGGUGUGAAGAGGCUAUAUGUUUGGUGAAAGACGUAGACCUAUAAAUACAUUAAUUAUGUGCAGCAACUAUGUGUAUUGUUGUUUUUAAGAUAUUAUUUAUAUAUGUCUUGUAAGUCCAAUAUUUAAGUUUUAUAAGUUUUAUGACUUCUAACACAUCUUUAUUAAAACGUGUUUCAGUGUACUUAUUAUUAUACUGAGUGAGUGACAUUUGUCUGAGUAUCUAAGUAUCUUGAAUCUACAAUUGUACCAAAGUAAUCUCUAAAAAACAAAUGAAUAAAUAAAAAAUUUAAAUGUA